UUGACUUGGUGAGCAGGGCAGGCCUGUGAGGCAUGGCCUCCAUGGCUUAGCGGCGAGCCAUGGCCUUGGAGACCAUUUGGAAGCAUGCCUGUGAGGCCCCAGAUGCGCGCGGCCUUCUUUGGUACGAUCCGUUGGAUUCGAAGCCUUUGCAGGACUGGAGCUAUCGACACGUUUGGACGACGGCCAGCCGCGCGGCGUGCCGCCUGUCCGCGGACGGGGCUUCUGCACGGAAUGUGGGAAUGUUGCUGGGAGGUGGCCCUGCACUUCCGACUUUGGAGCUGGCUGUUCUGCUGGCGAACUUGGUGUUGGUGCCCUUGGGCGAGAAUGAGCCGUUGCCCCGGCUGAGAUUCAUGUUGGAGGAUGCAGGGCCCUUCGUAGCCCUCGUCGCGGCCGUGGCCCAAGCCGCUUUGGCGCAAGAGCUGUGCGCCGUCGCAGGGUGCAGACUGAUGCUUGAUUCGGAGUUGUUCUCUCAGCAGGAGCCGAGCGCAGGUGCGCUGGCUCUGCCUGCUCUGCCUGCUCUGCCUUCUGCGGAGGAAACGGUCUCGCACAUCUUCUUUACCUCCGGGAGCACGAACCGACCCAAGGGCUGCAUUUGCACCUUGCAAAACCUGCAGGCGUACUGCGCAGCGAAGAACGUGGUCCAUGAGGUGACGAAGGAGAGUGUGGUCUUCGUGGCGAGUGCUCAUACCUUUGACCCGUCCUUGGGCGACUUCUUGGCCACGUGGCUCCAGGGCGCUUGCGUGGCGCUGGCGCGUUGGGGUCUGCCGCUGGGACGGUCCUUGGAGGCGACCCAGGCGAGCCACGUUCAAGCGACUCCCGCCCAUUUGGCCACAGUGGAGGCUCAGCGUCAGCUGAAGUUGCGCACCGUGGCAUUGGGAGGUGAACUGAUGCCUCAGCAGCUGCUGGAGGAUUGGGCCGGGCAGGUCCGCCUACUGAACACCUACGGCGUGACGGAGUGCACCGUCUACCAGGCCGCUGCCCAGCUGCAGCUGGACAGCUCUCGGCGAGCGCUGGGGCGUCCGCUUCCGGGGAUGCAGAUGGUCCUGGCGGCGAAGAAAGGCGAUGAUCCCACCGACUGCGUGCAGGAGGGGAGUGAGGAGAUUGGAGAGCUCUGGAUCGCAGGGCCACAAGUGGGUCUGGGCUAUUCGAGGCGCCCAGAGCUGACUGUGGAGCGUUUCCACGAGCGUUUCCACCACUUGGGCCGAUGCUUUCGAAGCGGCGACCUGGCUGUGGCGAAGUGCCCGUCGGAUGCAGGCUGCGGCUGGCAACUUCUAGGUCGUCGGGAUGGCAUGGUGAAGCUUCGAGGUCGUCGAGUGGAGCUGGGGGAGAUUGAAGAGGUGCUCCUGGCUGCAGCGCCUGAGUUGUUGGUGUCCCUGGCAGCGGUGCUGGCCGAUCGCAUGCUGCUGAUCUAUUGCGUCUUACGAGGAGAUCCCUCCGAGGCGGUGCGGCGCGUGAGCUGCGCCUGGCUGCGGCGGCUCGCCGCAGAGCGCUUGCCGAAGCACAUGGUGCCAGCGCGGGUGGUGGCCAUCGAUGCGAUGCCGCUCACCACCAGUGGCAAGGUCUCGCGCAGGCAGCUGGCCGAACGGCCCCUGUCCUGGGAGGAUGCAUCAGGCGGCGCGCUGAAAGGCUCUGAGUCAGCAGAGAUGAUUGCAGCUGCUUGGCGCGAGGUGCUACAAGUCCCUUGUGCUUCGAAGCAUGCAAACUUCUUGGCGCUCGGCGGCGAUUCCAUGGCUGCUUUGCGAGUCUGUCAGCAGUUGGCCACCAGGUGCCUGGCUGGUGCUUCAAGUGGUGAAUUUGGGGAAGAGCUUCCAGAGCCUCUGCUUCCGCUGCACUUGCUGAAUCGGCCAUGCUUGGUGGACUUUCUUCAGCAUUUGCAGAGAUCUUCUUUGGGUUCGUGGUUUUCAGAUCCUGAAGUGACGGAGGACAUGCAGGAGGAUGAAGAGGAGGAGGAGGGGGAGAAGAAAACAUUCGAUGGGGAGCUUUCUAUGUCAGAGAUUCUUCACCAUGCAGCCGGAGUUGGUGCUAUUGAAGUUGUACAAUCUUUCUUGAAGCGUGAUUCAACUACUUUGGUCUCAGCCUGUGUGGCUGGGCGGCGCACACCAUUACAUGCUGCUUGCAUGAACGGCCAUGCGGAAGUGGUGAAACUUCUGCUCGAAGCACAAGCCUCUGCGAUGGGUAUGGAUAGCAAGCAAGUGCAACCGUUGCACCUGGCAGCCCAAGGAGGGUCUUUAGAGGUGCUGGCGCUCCUGCUUGCCGCGCGUGCGAGGAUGGAUGCCACGACCAGAGAUCAACAAACUGCCUUGCACUUUGCCGCGCGAUCCGGUGCUCCUGGAGCCCUUGUGGAGGAACUUCUUGCUGCGCCCGUGUGGCGGGGCAAAGGAAAGAAAGGCCGCAGUCCUGGCGGGCAUGAGGCGCUGAAGCUGGAUGCUCGAGAUGCCUGGGGUCGUACUGCCUUGCACUGGGCGGUGGUGAAUGGCCACAGAUCAAUGGUGCUGAAGCUGCUAGAGCUAGGCGCUCAGCGCUCGGUGCGGGACGCGCAGUCGGAGACGCCCAAGGACCUCGCGGAGCGCCGGGCGCAGUGCCGCAACGCCGAGCGGCCGGGCGACCUGGGAGCCUCGGUCUUUGGUGACAUCGCUACUCUGCUGGGUGGCAGUGCAAGCACAGCGAAGACGUGAAAAGAGAAAAAC